UCGACGACUUCGGACGCUCGCUCCGUUCUUCAUGGACAGGACCAAGCAAACCGCCCGUAAGAGAACUGGUGGGAAGGCUCCCCGUGAGCAUCUUGCCACCAAAGCUGCUCGCAAGAGUGCACCUGCCACUGGCGAGGUUAAGAAGCCGCACCGCUAUAGGCCUGGGAACGUGGCCCUUCGUGAAAUUCGCCGCUACCAGAAGUCGACCGAACUUCUCAUCCGCAAGCUGAAGUUCCAGCGCUUGGUGAGCGAAACCGCUGAGGAGGCCAGCGAGGACUACCUGGUCAGUCUCUUCGAGGACGCUAAGUUGUGCGCCAUCCACGACAAGCGCGUUACCAUCUCGUGGAGGGACAUCCAGCUGGCCUGGCGCAUCCGUGGCGAGCGUGCCUAAGUUCGGCCGCUGUCUGCGCCGCAGCCUCGGUCAAGCAAGCAACUAAAAACGGCAGGGCCCAGUGAGCUAUGCAAAAAAUAAAUUGCUGCCAAGGAAAACUGUUGCUACACUUAUGACAAGCACCUUUGUUGAAAUGCUGGCUACAGCAACAUCCCUUCUUCCAACAAUGUUGGUCAACGUACAUGUUUUUCUAACGCAGAAGUUGCUUCUUUCUUGUGUUCUGUGAUAACCUUUCUUGCCGUUUUCUUUAGGAUGGAAAUUCGCGAAUACUACUCAUUUCUACUAACAGCAGCAAGGCGUUUGGGGUC